AUGAAAAACACGGAGUGCUUUGUUCAGCGAACAGGCCAAAGAACACGUCUUCCACCACUCUUGCGGACAGGCAGAUCACCAAUGCUCCAGUAUAACUCCAAUUCGAAGCAGCUCUCCCUAGACGACGACGUGUCGGCCGACGAGUACAAGGCCUCGGCGCUCGAGGCGAACGUGCGGCAGAUCAACCGGCUCACGCAGGCGCUCGUCGCGGAAUCAAACCCCAACUUCACGCCGCAGCCGACGCAGGAGGCCACCAACAUGAUCAAAAAGAUGUUCGAGGCGGCCAUGCAGCACCUGCAGAAGCAGCGGCCGCAGGACGCGCUUCGCGGUGUGGACCUGGCGCUGGACAUGCGCUCCAAGGCGCGGCAUCCGUGGGAGGCGUUUGCGUUCCAGCUGCAGGAGCUACAGAUGAUGCUGCGCAACAAGACGGACCUGGAGCUGGCGACAGGCAGGCUCAUGGACGCGCUGCAGGACCUAGAGAUGCUGCAGGGCUGCGGGAUGAUCGUGGCGGACGUGUUUGUGCGCACCGCGGACGUGCUGCUGAAGAUGUCGCGGUACGAGGAAGCCAAGGCGGCGGCGGAGCGCGGCCUGAGCCUGGAGCCGGACCACAUGAAGCUGAAGGCGCUGCACCUGGAGUCUGUGCGCAAGUUGGCCGACUAUAACGGCGACAUCUAG